UCGAGGUAGACUUGGAUGAAUGAAUUGAACAAUCGCGAAAAUACCUUUCUUUGUCUCUGCCGACUGCCCUAACGCGAUCUCAUCGUCUUCUUCUUCUUCCUUCAUCUCCUUCUCCAAUUGCUAUUCAAGAAAUUCCGCCUCACCGUACUCCCCACGUGGACGUACUCUUCUUCAUCUUCAUCUUCAUCUUCAUCUUCUUCCCCCAAAGAAACAGAGAUUUUUGCUUGUUUCUUCGCAAUUUCUGAGAUCUAUUUUGGACAUGGAUGAGGUUAUUACAGCGGCCGACGCAACGGCUGGAAAUCAGACCACGUCAAUGCAAGCGCCCGCCACUCCUGUCCUCCCUGUAAACCUUCCUCUCGUCUCCGCCUUCAUCGCCUUCGCUUUGGCCCAGUUCCUCAAGCUAUUCACGACCUGGUAUAAAGAAAAAAGAUGGGAUGCCAAAAGGCUGAUCGGAUCCGGUGGAAUGCCAUCAUCGCAUUCUGCAACCGUUGUUGCUUUAGCAGCCGCCAUUGGUUUGCUUGAUGGAACAAAUUCGCCUAUGUUUGCUGUUUCUGUUGUCUUAGCAUGUGUUGUAAUGUAUGAUGCAUCUGGUGUAAGGCUACAUGCUGGAAGACAAGCAGAAUUGUUGAACCAAAUCGUAUGCGAGUUUCCUCCUGAACAUCCCUUGUCUACUUCUAGACCUUUAAGAGAUUCACUUGGGCAUACUCCAAUUCAGGUGAUUGCUGGUGCUCUUCUGGGAUGGAUAGUUGCAUUCUUGAUGAAUCAGUCAUAUUAAAUUGAGGCAGAAAUUGAAGUUAAAAGCAAAUAAACAUUGCAUUUAGGUGAUUAUACUGACCAUUUAAUGUACUAAUUGUUGAGUACUUCUUAAAUAGAAGCAAAGCCAUAUUGCUGAAUCCAAUUUUAGAAAAGAUAUUCCGCAAUGAUCUAAAGAUGAAUAAUAUGAAUAUAAAGUCUAUUAUUAUUAUUAUUU